AUUGAAUUCCAUAUGAGGUGAUUGUGUUGUUGCGAGCCAAGCGACAACCCAUCACACACUCUCCCCCUUUGUACACGAAGAAAAGAAAUGAAAUGAAAUGAAAACGAUGCAGAUGAUGAUCUCAACAGCGUCCUGCGUUAUGCCUUCCUUCCCUUGUUCUAGGUAAUACACCGUGUAUGUGUUGGACAUCAACAAAUGUUAUUGUGGGAGUGAUGGUGGUUGUAGUCAAGCGACUACUUGUAUGACGAGGAGAGUGUUCUGCGUAUGGCUGGGCAUGAGACAACUUUGUCUUAGAAAAUAUCUCUUGUAUGGAUUUGUGGGCUUCUUUUUGAUGCCAUACAAAACCUUGCGUGGAAUUAGUCGAUCACUUAGAGUAUCUCAUUUAUGCAGCGUAACCAAUAUUUCCUCCACACUGCAAAUUGAAUCGGUGCCCUGUCUCAAGGACAACUAUGCGUAUCUUUUACAUGAUAUGGAUACUGGUACCGUGGGAGUCGUAGAUCCUUCUGAAGCUGUACCCAUUAUUCAUGCCCUGAGUAAGAAAAAUCGAAAUUUAACGUACAUACUAAAUACUCAUCAUCAUUAUGAUCAUACUGGUGGGAAUAUGGAGUUAAAAGCAAGGUAUGGUGCAAAGGUAAUUGGCUCGGGAAUAGACAGGGAUAGAAUUCCUGGCAUUGAUAUAGUUUUGAAUGAUGGGGACAAGUGGAUGUUUGCUGGCCACGAGGUGCUUGUAAUUGAAACUCCUGGUCAUACCCGAGGUCACAUUAGCUUCUACUCUCCAGGAUCAAGGGCAAUUUUUACUGGGGACACUUUGUUCAGCUUAUCAUGUGGCAAGCUUUUUGAAGGAACACCUGAGCAGAUGCAUUCUUCCCUCGGAAAGAUAAUAUCUUUACCAGAUGACACAAAUGUAUACUGUGGCCACAAAUAUACAUUGAGUAAUUCAAAGUUUGCACUGUCUAUAGAACCCAACAAUGAAGCGUUGCAAAGCUACGCUGCCCAAGUAGCUAAUCUCCGCAGUAAGGGCUUGCCGACGAUUCCAACUACACUAAAGAAAGAAAAGGCAUGCAAUCCAUUCCUUCGCACUUCAAGUAUGGAGAUCCGGCGGUUGUUAAAUAUUCCAGCCACAGCAAAUGAUGGAGAAGCCUUGGGUGUCAUCCGCCAAGCAAAGGAUAAUUUUUAGGAAUGACUAUAUUACCUAUAUUUGUUUGUGUAUGAGACAAAAUGAGUGUUUACAUUUGUGAAAUGUAACCUACACUGUUGGCCAUUUAAAAAAAUUUAAUAUAUCGUUGGAUGGCUAGUUCUUUUGUA